GUUAGUAGCACGAGACUCGUCGACUGGUAGUGUCGUUUCCUUUCGCUUCUCGUCACGAGAUAUAAGCCGGUUGACCUAGUGUAAUACCGUCGUCUUACAGUGAGUCGGAAAGUAUCCACACGAUCAGAGGAAGGACGUGGCUCCUCGGAACUCGUGAUACGUCAGUGAUCGUAUCGCGGUGGAAAUUCCACUCGUUCCUUCGUUUACGUCCGUAUCGUUCGCGCGUUUUACCUUCUCCACCCUUCUGGUCACGUGGUCGAACGUUAGUCGACCCGUUACAGAAACGGCCAUUGUCUCUGCCAAAUUGCAGGAACCCCGAGUGGCGAGUGGUCUCGCGGCUCGAGAAAUCGGGACACGAGAAACGUCGUGGCGUGAUAAUAUCAUCGUCGAGCACGAUGGCUUGCGAAUUCUUUAAGCUCAAACGAUGGCCGAUUCACGCGGCUUCAAGCCAAUAAACCAGUUGUGGCAGAGCGCGGCAGUGUCGACGGACCCGGAUUCGGAGUGCCUCUACGAAGAGAUCUCGGGCCUUUCGGGGUCCCAGGAUACGGAACCAGGGCCGGCUGGUGCCGCCGUCGGGGAGGAGGAGGACGAGGGGGGAGGAAAGAGAGGGAGGCUCGAUUUCGGUGCACAGGUCGGCGGUAGCAGCUGGUGGAGGCAAAGUAAAGGAAGCGAGAAAAACGCCGCCAGCAGCAACGCCGGCACGGGCGGACGCAAAAGUAGCAAAAGUGUGGGAACUAGCGCGAGAUCGCGCAGCAGAUCGGCCGAUCGGCCAUCGAGCGGACGUCAGGACAUCAUCAGGGUGGAGGAGGAGCAGUAUGCCUCACGCAGAAGUUACGUGGAGUCCGGUACAGGCGCCGUACUGCCGCCUCCUGUCACCGGCCUCAAGCUGACCAGGGGGCGUCCAACCAGCACCGUCGCCCGCUAUUUGCACUCGGCCUCCACCAACACCGGUCACUAUCACCAUCAUCAUCACGGGCUGCACGGACAAUAUCCAGCCGGCAGCACCGGUAGGCCGACCGGCAGGCAUCACCAGCAUCAUCACCCAAGCCGCGGCUCGUUCAGUAAUGAGACGCAGGAAGAGGUACAGGAGGACGAUGAAGCCACUCUACGGGAGUUGCUUGUAAGUCUGCAGAAACAGGUCAGCGUUAUGAGUAUGAACUUGAGUGCCAAGCUGGACGAGCUGCAGCGGGGUGACCGCCAGCUGGAGACCACCGUCGCCCUCUGCGAGAUCCGCACGCAGCUGCAGGAACUCACCAAGAGCGUAGAGUCUUGCCAGAGCGAGGUCAGCGAGGUCAAACGGGACAUGGUCGCGAUCAAGCAUGAACUAGAUACGGUACAGCAGGUGAAAGAAGAAAUAGAGGAAUUACGAGAAUACGUGGAUCGAUUAGAAGAACAUUCUCAUCGACGGAAACUUAGACUUUUGGAGCAGGGGCUAACACUUUUCCUGUCGUAUGCAAUACUGGCAGCAGUUUUAGGAAUGUUGCAGUUUGGAUACAAUACUGGAGUUAUUAAUGCGCCGGAAGUGAAUAUUGAAAAUUUUAUGAAAGACGUGUACAAGGAUAGAUAUGGAGAAGACAUUUCAGACGAUUCCGUGAAGAAAUUGUAUUCCGUGGCCGUAAGCAUAUUUGCGAUUGGUGGUAUGCUAGGUGGUUUUAGCGGAGGGAUAAUUGCCAACAGAUUUGGCAGAAAGGGGGGCUUACUGCUAAACAACGUGCUGGGCAUCGUGGGGGCGUGCCUGAUGGGUUGUACAAAGAUUGCUCACUCGUACGAAAUGUUAUUCUUUGGACGGUUCAUCAUCGGUGUCAAUUGUGGCUUAAACACCUCGCUGGUUCCCAUGUACAUAUCGGAGAUAGCACCACUGAACCUGAGAGGCGGCCUAGGCACGGUGAACCAGCUCGCUGUUACGGUGGGCCUCCUGGUCUCCCAGGUGCUGGGCAUCGAGCAAAUCCUUGGAACAAACGAGGGUUGGCCAGUUCUCUUAGGGCUCGCUAUCUGCCCUGCCAUUCUACAGUUAUUGCUGCUUCCAGUUUGUCCCGAAUCUCCAAGAUAUUUGCUCAUUACCAAACAGUGGGAGGAAGAAGCCCGUAAAGCUUUGAGGAGGUUGAGGGCCAGUAACCAAGUGGAAGAAGACAUCGAAGAAAUGAGAGCCGAAGAACGAGCUCAACAAGCCGAGUCUAGAAUAUCGAUGACAGAGCUCAUAUGUAGCCCGACUUUGAGAGCACCUCUCGUUAUCGGUGUGGUUAUGCAACUUUCCCAACAGCUUUCAGGCAUUAACGCUGUGUUUUACUAUUCGACAAAUUUGUUCACUAGUUCUGGUUUGACAGAGGAGAGUGCCAAGUUUGCAACCAUUGGCAUAGGUGCCAUUAUGGUUUGUAUGACGUUAGUAUCCAUCCCGCUUAUGGAUAGAACAGGAAGACGUACACUGCACUUAUACGGUCUUGGUGGCAUGUUUAUCUUUUCAAUAUUCAUCACAAUUUCUUUUCUUAUAAAGGAAAUGAUUGACUGGAUGUCCUAUCUAUCGGUCGUGUCCACGCUCGGCUUCGUGGUAUUCUUUGCUGUCGGGCCUGGCUCCAUCCCGUGGAUGAUCACAGCCGAACUAUUCUCGCAAGGUCCUAGACCUGCUGCCAUGUCUAUCGCGGUUCUUGUCAAUUGGAUGGCUAAUUUUUUGGUUGGCAUCGGUUUUCCAAGUAUGAAGACUAGCCUUGAAAACUACACGUUCCUACCAUUCAGUGCAUUGCUAGCCAUCUUCUGGAUCUUCACGUACAAGAAGGUUCCUGAGACCAAGAAUAAAACAUUCGAAGAAAUUCUAGCUUUAUUCAGGCAUGGUAAUGACAGGAGCAGCUUGCGGGACAGCAGACUUUAUGGGAGCAUGCUAAACUGUGUGAAUGCAUUAGAGGGACACAUACCGCCAGCAGAGAGUGCAGCCCUGAUGGUGGCCGAGGAGAAGCCACAUCCUGAUUCAUUUGUGUUUGCAGCUGGAUCAGAGCGAUCUUCCGGCGCACCCGCUCAACCGGAAAGACCACCGCCCCCGCUUCCCCCGCCACGCUUUCCGAACAGCGGUGUCUGACAAUGGGAAACAGCUCCUCUUAAUAUUGGUAAUCUAGUGAUCAUGAACGCGUCGAUCCCACUGCCGCUACUACUCACCACCAACAGCCUCACUUUGGAAAAUCAACUGUACGAGAUCAUCACGGAGAGGAGCAAGGCCUGUGCGGCUUUCUUGCGAAACAGUUUACGUCGAGCAGUGAACGCGACGACUGUCGGCUGGAGUGUCACGGAGAAUUUCGAGAAUAACGUAUCGUGCAAUCAUGCUUGAUUCGAUGGACGAAGAGAUCGAACCAAGAUCACCUGUCGAUUGUAUUCGAGUACCAAGUAGAAGUCGAUUGCGAACGUUUUAACGCGGCCCAAUUCAGUUCGAUAUCGAGUAUACACGCACGUGAGAUUAACUUCGCGAACGAAUAUGUAUUCGCAUGAUCGAAACGUUGAUUUCACGAAAGACAAGUCACAAUUGGCAGUUAUAAUUCCCCGAACGGAUACGAUGACGGUAAUGACAGUAUGUGUAAACAGAUGGUCCGCGAAAAGACUAGUCGAUGGCUUGGAGAUUUUUCAAAACGAUUUUGAUAGGUGAAUUAAACGCAGCGAAUUCGAUACGACACGCGAAUUUUUCCAUACGUCAGACAAGGGAAAGACGAAUAAAAGACGACACGGUAACGGAAACCGUCGGAUAAGAAUCUUAACGAAAUGUUACGAAAGUGAUCGUGCCUAGGCAUACGUUUGAAAAAGAAAGGAAACGUAAAAGAAGUUGGAUCGUGAUCACUAAAGAGCAUUCGAACUUCGUGCAACAUCGAAGAAUAUAGAACGUAUAAUUGCUAGAUGCGACGAAUCUCGUUUAACGAAA